AUGAAAUUUGCCCUCGGGCACCCAGUACAGACCAAGUUUCUGCCUUCCAUAGCUUUCAGCGUCGCCCGCCAGCGCAAACCCAUUGACUGGAACCGUCACGACAAAUACAUAUACAAGAAGAUAUCGCACUGGUUUAAGGUCAUCAAGGAGGUGCUCGAAGACCCGGCUGUGGUGCCGGAGAACGUGUAUAAUAUGGACAAGACAGGUGUGAUGUUAAGCAUGCUCAGCUCCGUGAAGGUGCUGGUAGGUAAGGAUGAUGAGCGAGACUACCGAGGUGCAGGGGUAAAGCGCACGAUGACUACCUAUCCUACCCCUGGGUGGCAUUAUGCGUACUCUGAGAAUGGAUACAACGACUCUAAAAUCAGUCUGGAGUGGCUUACACGCGUGUUCGACCCCCAGACGAGAGCGAAAGCUAACAGAAAGCCACGAGUGCUCAUCUCUGAUGGCUUCGGAACACACGAGACGCUUGAGAUCCUGGAGUUCGGCUUGGAGAAUAACAUCAUCUUGUGUCGUCUUCCUUCUCACACCUCGCACAAGGUUCAACCUUGUGAUGUUGCAGUGUUCGCAGCCCUGAAGGCAGCUUAUCGGGACCAAGUUUAUCGGCUCGGCCGAGGUGGUGUACACACCAUCGGUAAGGAAGACUUCACUUCUCUCUACAGCCCUGCGAGGGUGAAAGCCUUCACCAAAAGGAACAUCACACAGGCAUGGGCUGCGACUGGUCAUUUUCCUUUCAACCCUGAUAGAGUGCUCAGAGGUAUACCAAAGCCCCACGUGCAACUCACAGCGCAGAUGACUGACACGCCUGUAACGCCGGUCACUCCUGUCAAUACAGGGGCCGUGACACUGCUAUACAAUAUGAUCAAGCAGGAUGCUGAAGGUCUUGAUGAGCCAAGGAAACAACGCAUACAUAGACGCGUGCAGAAGCUUGCCAGCGCCACCAGAGUAGCAUUUGCAGAACGAUCCCUCUUGCAAAAUCACAAUCGCUUUUUGUCCAAGAUUAAUGGCGAAGUCAAAGCACGGCAGUCACAGAGGUCAUUGGUUCUCAGAGUAGCCAAGGUUAUGAGCGCUGAGGACCUCGAGGAGCGCCGAGCGAAGCGCGCUGCGGAGGACAAGGCUGUUGCAGGCAAAGCGAAGCGCUGGCGCAAACGUAAAAAUACCCUUAAGAACGGCGGGGAGGAGUUCACAAUCGGCGUGACUCCCCCUGCUGCGUCACCAGGGCCAUGGAGAGCUCCAGUGGCGCGAAUGAUCGCUGGAGAUCGGUUUUGA